UGUUAAAAAUAGAACGGUGGGGGGGGUAAAUUAAAAAAAAAAAAAAAUGGCUGCGACCUGCAAAACCCUAACUCGCAUCUCACUCUCCUCCUUCAACCGGAAUAAAUCCAGAUGCAAACCCCCCCAUCAAGGACACAGCCUCUCCUCUCCUCGCCCCCGCUCCUCUCGCCUAGGGUUAGGGUUCCCCCCUUUCCGCGCCGCCGCCGCCUCCUCCUCGGCCUCCGAACCCGCCACCACUCGAUCCGAAGACACGGUCGAAGAACUACUCACCAAAGGCGACCAAAUCGACCGCCUGAUGAAAAUGGAGCGGAGAUCCGAACCCGAUAGCGGGCUGAGCAACGGCCGCUGGUUUCCUUAUCUGGAUGUUUACAGGGCGGGAACAGUUGAGCUGGGUUGCGGUGAAGUGAUCGAAGCUAUGGAUCCUUACAUAAUGGAUGCGAGAAAGGAGAGGAUCCGGAGAGCCGUGGAGAACCGGAGCUAUUCCGUGUGUUUGGUGGUUGAGGGGUUGACUGAUUUCGGCAACGUUUCGGCGGCGUUUCGGUCGGCCGAUGCGUUGGGGAUUCAGUCUGUUCACGUGAUCUCGUGCGGUGGCAAGAAAAGGUAUAGAGAUAAUCGACAUGUUAGCAUGGGCGCUGAGAAAUGGCUAGAUAUUGAGCUGUGGAAUUCACCUCGAGAAUGCUUUGAGGCUUUGAGGAUGCGCGGUUACCGCAUUGCAACAACUUAUCUUGGAAUAGAUACGGUUUCUGUCUAUGACUUGGAUUGGUCCUGUCCAACUGCUAUAGUUGUUGGAAAUGAACUUAUGGGUAUAAGUAAUGAGGCUCUGCAACUGUCUGACCUGCACUGUAGCAUUCCUAUGAAAGGGAUGGUGGAUUCAUUCAAUGUUUCUGUAGCUGCAGGCAUUCUAAUGCACCAUGCUGUGAAUGACAGAGUUUCUCGCCUGGGUCGCCAUGGUGAUCUUACAACUGAAGAAAGCCAGAUUCUACUUGCAGAGUUCUUUCUGCGUCAUAGAGAGAGCACCAUCAGCAUAGUUCAUGAGUAUGCAAAGAGGAAGUCAUCCAGCCCCGUAAGCAAACUGUGACUGCCUCAACAAUAUUUAGGACUCUGAUACUAAGACUGGGCGGUGAAACAAAAUGCAAUAUGUGCAUUGGAAAUUUUGUUAUUUGAACGGAAAAGUUGUAACCAAUCUUCGAGGUGUCUCCAUGAUUGACCUGCAGGCUAGUUGUAAUAUUUAUAGUUUGUUAUCUGUAUGAGCUACAACCAUCGGAUACGAUUCUUUUUCUUUAUCCAUUGAGAAAUAUAAACAGCACGCAUCUAAUCUUUCUCUC